AUGGCCCAUCUCAGACUUCUUUCUGUCGCAGCUGAUCGCAGCGCUGCUGGGGAUCAUCGAAGGUCGUGUUAUAUUUGUUUAUAGGUCGUUCAGUUAGUAAAAACAUUGCGAAGUAGUGUAAUUUCGUGCCAAGAAGUGGAUCUUUCACAUUGUACAGAAUGGAAUGGAAGGGUACGCCAAUCGAUAUGGUUGAUAAUUAUGAGCAAUUGAGAUAUUCGUUCGAUUCAGCCGCUCAACAAUCGGACGAUAAUAUGCAGUUGCAACUGAUAAAUCUUCCUGAUGUUUGUCUGGAGGCGAUCCUUUCGAAUCUUUCUUACGAUGAAAUUUCUAAAUAUAGGAUUGUUUGUAGACAAUUUGAUCGGAUCUGCAGAAAGUUACUGAACCGUGGCUUUAAUCUUAUGGAAAAGUAUCAUGCCCAAUGCCUUCGUGCUGUUAAAAGCAAGUUACCGAGACGGGAAUCUGAGCGGAGAAGUCAUCCUCUUGCACGUCAUUGUGAUAUAUUGACAGCAAUAGAAACGAGAAUUUCUAUGCUAUCAAUGACUUUUAUCAAAUAUGUGGAUCUAAAUGUUUGUUGCUUUAUUCCAGGAAAGGUAAUUGAUGAAAUUUUCCGAGUGCUUCGAUUAAUUCGAGAGACAAAGACACCACCUAGAGCGCACGAGAUACUUCAAGAGUUGCGAGAUAUAAGCAGCAUGGCAAUGGAACAUUUUGACGAGAAAAUUCUGCCAGAUUUAAAGCACAAUAUUUGUACAUCUAUGGUUGGCACUGUGAACUCGUACGAUCUUCCUGGUGGCGUUAUGAUCUCUCAUAGUAGAAAUAUAAAUAACCCAACACUGCCACAUUACAACAACCAUGGUUUAACUUGUUCGGAAAAACUCAGUCAGACAUUUAAAAAGAUUAAUAACCGUACAAAAAGAAACAAGGUAUUCUUCUUGACUGUAAGAAACCAAAUGAGCCAAAUGAAGCUCAGGGUACAGAGACAAGACUGUCGGAUACGGAUGCAAACUUUAAAGUUACAGAAGCAAGCCAGAAAGAUACAUGAUCAAGAUAUGCAGUUGGCUGAAAUGCGGAAGCAUCUCGAAGAAUGGGAACAAAAGAUGGUCGAUUUAACUACUGAGUUGAGUCGGGCACGAGAGGAAACUCAGAAUUCCGACUCGUUAGAAAAUCGUAAGCGAAAAACACAGAUUAAUGCCGAGCCACGAAAAGUACAGAUCAAUGCCGAAACGCGAAAAGCACAAAUUAAUGCUGAAACAAUUCAACAGACAAAUAAAUUACAAGCCAAGAAGCGCAAACUCAUAGUAGAAAGGAAGUCAUCGAUCGACGCGCAGGAUAUGAAAUUUAAAAAAUUUAUAUCAGAUUUACUUGCGAAAGAUUACUCGCAAUUAGAUAGUUAUCUUAUCGAAAAUUGCUCCGUCGACAAUUACCCAUCGUGUUCGCGCUAACUUGGCUUUUUUAUAUUAAUACUUUCAGUACAAGAGCUUUUGCAAUAUUAUUAUUCCCUUCAUACAUCUUUUCAACUCUUAUUAUAACCAAGAUAAAUAUAGAAACUUUGACUCGUAGAUUCUUUUUUUAAGAUAAUAGUCUCUAAGAAACUUGAGGCAAGGGCAUAAUCUUAAUUAAAUUAUUAGGAGAUCGACAUAAUAUACAAAUAACAUAUUCAACUGGGUUUAUAUAGCGUUUUUUAGCUUUAAGACUCGUAUCUCAUAUAUAAUCAUAUAUUAAAAAAUAUAUAAAAUAAAUGCUAUAUAAAAUAAAACUAUUUCGUUGUACAUAUAUUGAGAAAUUAAAGGUAAAGACAACAAAAUAGAUAUCACAGUAAAAUAUGGUUGUUAUUAAAAAAAGUAUUAAUAAUAAUUUCACUGAUUUGAUCGAAUCUCCAGAU